AUGCCGGCGCUUACAUCAGAGAAGGUAGAAGAGUUCCUUGAUGGAAAACUGCGCCUAAUUAGUGACCUCACUGAGCAGCUUAAACAGGCCCUGGAGUCCAUCUCCUCGUUAAAUACUGAAUAUGAUACCAUCCUAGUGACCUUGUUGCAGCUUGGGAAGGACAAAACCGCCCUUGUGGGAGAAAAUGCGAGCCUUAAAACUCAGGUAUUGGGUAUUACCAAUAAUUUAAAGCAAGCUAAAAAGUCUCUUAAUGACUUAGACCAGUAUACCAGAAGAGACUGCACUGAAAUUCGUGGCAUCCCUCUUCCUGAGGAACCCUCGGAGGAAGACACUAAUGACAUUGUAAUUCAGCUAAGCGAGAAAAUCAGUGUUCCAAUGGAAACAAACGAUAUCUCAAUUAGCCAUCGAAUCCCAAGUGCAAAACACUCGAUGGAACCUGCUAUUAUUGUCAAGUUUGUGGGGCAUAAGGUGAGAGAAAAUUCUUAUCUCGCAAGGAAGAGGCUGAAGUCUGUCUCUACGGCUGAUCUUGGAUUCUCUGAGGCUAAGAAGAUCUACAUCAAUGAAAGUCUAACGCAGAAGAACAAGGAACUGUUUAACAACUGCUUGAAAUUCAAGAAAGAUCACAGUUACAAGUUCCUGUGGACUAAUGCUGGAACGAUUUUUCUUAGAAGAGAUGCUAACUCCCCAGUGAUACCUGUCUAUUCUUCUGUGGAUAUUCCUCCUUCUUAAGAGAUAAGUGCAAACGAAACCCGCCUGAAUCAUGAUAGGUGUUCUUGUGGAGUCUCUUCCCACGAUAACUCUAGUUAUCCAUCCAGCCAUUCCUUAUUUCCUCGGCUGGAUGUAACUCCUUCCAUUAACAAGAUCAGUCAUCUCACUAAUGUAGUUAUUGACCUCCAUAUGCCCUCUGACACAAAUUCUGAUUAUUUUACCGCACGUGACUCCCAUUCGAAUCAAGAUAUUAUAAAUUGUUUGUCUAGUAAUUCACUUUCCUUUUUAAACUGCAAUAUGAGAAGCUUGCAGGCCAGUUUUGAUAACCUGGUUAAUAUGCUAUCAGAAUUGUACUUUCCUGUAUCUGUAACAGGAGUGACUGAGACAAAGCUAAAGAAUGACCGAGAAAUUAUGCUAAAUAUUAACAUCACAGCUUACAGUUUCUUGUCCCAACCAAGCUAUACCAAUGCAGGAGAUGUUGGCUUCUACAUAAAGAAUAAUCUUGGAUACAUUCAUAGGUCGGAUCUCUCAGCCCAAAGUCAAAAUGGUUAUGAAUCACUAUGGAUCGAAAUUCAAAAUGAUACAGGGCACAACACCAUUUGUGGGGUUUUCUAUAGGCACCCUCAUGGUAGUUUGGAUAACUUCCUAAAUUACCUUAACAUGAUAGUUGAUAAGAUUCAUCGUGAAAAGAAAUACUGUGUUUUGUAAUUUUUCGCAACUUCCCUUGUCUACUAGCUUGAUAAAUGUUUACUGUAUAAGAUAUUAUAUAAGAUUAUAUAAGAUUUACUAUAUAAGAUUUUUUGCUUGUUUUGUGGCUAGGGAUUUGUGUAGAAGUAGAUGUAGACAGAAUUACUAUCCUCCCCCCCCUCCCGAUUUUUUUUCCCUACCCACAAUUCUUUCUUUAACACAAGUGACAGUUAUUUGAAAUCAGCGCGCGCCUAAAGCUGGUUUCGGUGCCGUUUAGCAGUUUAGUUUUAUAUAUUGGUCACCCUGAGAAAAGUUUCCCGGUUAGCAUCAUGUAAAGCUCUGAGAUGGGACAAAGUUAUUACGAUUCGCUGAGUCUACAUCGUCCAAUAUCGUAUUAUAUUCUCGUUUCAUUUGGCUGAACGGAUCAAUCACUCUGAUCCGGGCUGAGACAGAAAGGUACGAUAUUGUUCGCUUUUCUAAGGUGACCACUAAGUCUUUGGCCUCGGGAACAGGCUCUUAAGAGUCAAAUGAAUUAGGUGAGAGGAGAAUUGCCGGUGAACUCCGACCCGGGCCAAGACUGGGCUGAGUUUUUCCGAGUUAUUCGAUGAUAUUUCGCUUAUGUUAAACGUGAGAAGAUUAUCAUGAUUAUGCGUGGUUGUGGAUAGUCUUAUCAGUGUUGCGAAAGUGUGUGAUUGUGUGAUUUUCGCAUGGUGUUGACAGGUAUGUGAUCGCGUGGUUGAACUACGGUUUUGCCAAAAUAUUCUGUGCCAGCGAUUAAUAUUGUUUCGUCGGUGUUUAGCUUACUUCAUUGUACCUUGAAAAAGCAACUCUCCACUCAGCAAAAUUGGAUCAAGGUCUAGUUUCAGCGGGCUCUAAUGGCAUUGCACCAUAGGCCGGUUUUUGUAGAUAAGAAGGUGAUAAUUUGUGCACUAUGUUUCAUUCAGUUUGUUGUCUAUUCGAUGCGGAAUCCUGUUGUUUAUCGGAUCGCGAAAAAGGUCGCCUUUUGCUAACUAUUUAAGUUGUUAUGUAAGCCUUACUCAGGCACUCUUUCGGUGCAGUUCACUCAACUUAAAAAUUUCUAGACUGAAAUGACAACGGUUUGAGACUUCGCGAAGUCAGUUUACUGAAUAAAUGUUCUGAAAUUUGCGUCAUUUUAAAUUUGGACUCGUUGGAAUGCUUCUAGGGACCACUAUCUUACUGCCCGGCGUCAAAUAAACGCUUUUAAUCGGCCUUUGAAUGAGUUUUGUUGUUUUAAAUUGCCAAGUAGUAGAAUGAGUUGAUAUUUUUGCUAACCCGGUUUUCAAAAAUCCAGGUAUAAGUAUAUUGUUUGAUUUAAAUUAUAAAUUGUUUGACGGGAGCUUUGCUUUUAGCCCUGGCUAAAUCAAAGGUCUGGAAUAAGGCGUUUAAAACUACGAUUACCUCCAAAGGACCCACUCGCGAAUAUGAAACACAAGCUUAAAGCAGAAAGAUCCUGAUAGCAGCUGCACUGAAAAGGGCUCUUAAACAUUUACUAUUUUUAAUUAUAUAGUUACUAAUAAACCGUUCUUUUUUUAAACGAGCAUGCUUUAGCACAGCGAGACUCUAAAAAUGCAGGGGUUUCCCUUUUGUUUGGUGUGUGGGACCUAGUUUGUAGGCCACGCGUUCCUAGCGGAGAUCGUGGAAACUUGGGAUAAGAAUCGUGACGACUUUCCUCGUAUGCAAAUGAGUCUCGGAUGAGCAUGCGGUUUAUUCUCGGCGAUGACGGAAAUGACGCAUGUAAGUUUGGCAAUGAUGUAAUUUUUCCCGAAUCGAGGCCCUUUAUUUUUGUGUAAUUAUGCACGAUAUGCACGCGUAUUAAAAAGUAAAUACCCCUUAGGAUGAGAAAAUAUUAUAGCGGGGAAAUCCUGUUUUAUGGUGUAUUAAGGUGUUACCGUUUCUCAGAAUAUUGUCGCGAUUACUGGAACCGUACGGUUAAAUAGAUGCACUUAGUUGUAUGUAUUUAAUGGAUAGAUUUUCGCAGUUGUUAAGAUGUGAAGUCGUGUUGCACUUAAUAAAUACGUAAGAUAUCAAGUAUUUACUACUGGAAGCAACUUCAACUAUUUGUCUAAGGGUUGAUUUCCACUACCGCGUAAUUUUUACGUACGUAAAUUUACGUUCGCAAAUAAAAUAGAGGCAAUGUAUGAAAGGUCGCACGUGAGCGUAAAAGUAGAAACUCGCUCAACCUCACGUGUUAUGUCAACACUUUAUAUCUUGCCUCUAUUUUGUUUACGUGAUUAAAAUUUAAGUGCGUUAAUGUGCGGAGUCAAAAACGCGUUAAUGGAAAUCUACCCUAACGUUACGUACGUGUCACGGAUGUGUUUAUACGGGUAACUUUGUACUUGACUAUCACGCACUCUACUUGCAGCCCCACUUGCAGCACAUAGAAAUCCCACAUCGAGCUUUUCUGGAACGGGUUGGUCCACGACUUCUAUCACUUGAAAGCACUGAUUACUUUGGAACAAGUGAUUACUUCAGUGGUCGCAAAAAAGAAUAAUCUUAAUGAGUAAAACUUCGAGGUUUACUGGGAAAUCAGGAUCGAGGAUCGGUGAUGGAGAAUCGGGAAUCGCGGAUCGGUUAAAAAAAACUUGAAAUGAAAUAAAGAAAUAAAUCGUGGUGAUGUGGGCCACAGACUGUAGAUAAAUUUCACAGAACAUAACCCCGUUCGCUCUACUAAACACUAAAUUUAAGUAAGCUACUCCGAGGUCUGACUGAGUCAGGACUGAGUCAGUGAUUUUGUUGACUUGAAAGUGACAUUUUCCUGGGAAAUGAAUCGCUUUAUCCCAGUGAUACUGUGAUAAAAUGCAUGCUGUGUACAGCCUUAAACAUUGUACUCCUAGACUGUACGGAGAUAUUAAAAGUAGAUGUUAAGCAGCGAUGGAGAAUGUAUUUACUUUCACGCAAUUUUGAUACCUUAUAAAACGCGCAACAACUUAAGCAGGAAUAUGCACGAACUGAAUGAACUGUCUGUUGUAUAAGGUUCUGCUAAACUUACAAUUUUUCCUGUGCUAAACAUAUACUGUACCGAGCCGUAACUUGGUGCGCUACAAAGGAGCUAUAUAUAUUUAUCCUGACAGGGUCAUGGGCUCCUGAUACUGAUAAGAAUCAUCGUUCAAUUUUUUACUGUAAAAUCCCCGAAAGACUUCUCACUGGAGCAAUAUCAAUAUGUAGACAAUUUUCCUGUGCUAAACAUAUACUGUACCGAGCCGUAACUUGGUGCGCUACAAAGGUGCUAUAUAUAUUUAUCCUGACAGAGUGAGUCAUGGGCUCCUGAUACUGAUAAGAAUCAUCGUUCAAUUUUUUUGAGUGUAAAAUCCCCGAAAGAGUUCUCACUGGAGCAAUAUCAAUAUGUAGAGGGUUUUUAAAGGUUUCACACCGGUUUGAAGCUAAGAUGAGCGGCCUGUCUCUUCUUGCAACUUUUACGUUUUGAGUAUUUACAGUAUGACAUAUAACACUCGUUUUGUAUUCCAAACGAAAAAGUAGUGUAAAAGCACCGGCGCCUUUGACAACAAAACUUAUCUUCAAGCAAGCGAGACUCAACGCUACUUAAAGAGUUCUUGUUAUUACAGGCCAGAGGCGUGUACAGUACCGCAAGUGAUCCCCAACCGCAAAUGAUCCCGAGACCGCAAAUGAUUCCCAAAAUGGACCGCAAAUGAUCCUCGACCGCAAGUUAUCCCCAAAGUUGACCGCAAAUGAUCCCGAAAUAAAAAUAGGAAUGGCUUAGACUCGAGUUAGCGGAUCAUCGUCUCUAUUUUAUUAUUAUUACAAAAAGUAAGAUUAAACGCUAAAUUUCAGUUCUAAAAUAAAUACAUGAAUAAAAACUAAAUGAAAAAAUCAUUCAAGUGUAAAAACGAAGUCGGUAGGCAACACACGACUUGUACCUCAUGCCAAAAUGCUGCUUGUUCCAAUGAAUUUUCUCUCUGGCGGGUAGAUUAUACCUCUGAAGGAAAACGUUUUGUCUGAGCAAAUGUGAUUUUUGCCGCUUAUUUCAUACUGAGAGGUCAUGACACGCAUUUUCGGCAGUUAUUGUUGUUUCUGGUCGGCAUGAUUUGUCCUUUAAUGCAAGCAUUUCCUUUGACCUCUUUUCAAAUGCAAUGCUUUUCAUUGCGGCUAAAUAAGGGUUUUAGGUUGUUUAAUUUUCUUUAAGUGCCUCAUGGAUCCAAAUAAUUAUAAGCGACUUUUUUUUAGUCCGUGAAUGUGACGGUUCCUACGAUGUUUUGUCACUCGAUAACUACCGCUUGCCUCGCUUUUGCGUUUCUCAUUACCAGGUUUAGAUUCUUGGUAACUGUCUCCAGCAAAGACACAACAAAUGGACGUUAA